AUGUUUUCCCUUGUUUUGUUUCAUUUGCAGCAUGAAGAAGUCUACUGUAGUGUAUUGAACAGUCUAAUACAUCCCCUGGGUACACCAGACACAAUAUUUGGUUUGCGACCUGGAGACUUGACAGACUAUCUCAGAACAGCUUUUCAUAUUAAUCAAGAAGACCAUGAAGUGUUCAUUAAAGAACAGAACAAUAAGCCAACCAAUCUUCAUCUUAAUAUUACAGUCCUUGAAGCAAAGGCAAAUAGUACAUAUAGGAUCCCUGAUCAUGACCCUCCCUGGAAUGCUUACUGUGCUAUUAAAAUCAUCAAUACUAGUCGUGCAAGGAUGUCUCCAGCCACAUCACCCAAAUCUUCCCCAAAAAGCAGAAGAGCUAGAACUGAACAGAUGUCAGGAUUGAACACCCAAAUGGCUAAAUCCAUAUCAGGGCUGCAGUGGGAUGAAAAGUUUGAACUUGAAAUAGAAAGCCUGUUAACUGAUGAAUUACAUAUAAGUGUUUAUCUCCAAGACAGCAAUUCCAAAACUGAAUCUUCCAAUAAAUUUGCUCAAGAAAGAAUUCGAGCUCUUAAAAGUUUGCUGCCAUUUUCCCGUCUUUCUGACCAAGGAAAAGGAAUCAUGAGCCUGGGUUCUGCAGUUUUACCUGUCAAGGACAUUUUGAAUGUUGGUGAGGAUCGUUGGGUUGACUUGAGUGUCAGUGCUGGGAGAUUAUCCAAGGCUACUCGAGUUGUGGGAAAAAUACGACUGCAGCUUAGUAUUUCGUUGAAGAAGGUUCGUUGUAUAACAGAAGGUUACUUAAAAGCAACACAGAAACUAUAUGCCUAUGCAGGACAGAAGUCUGGAACAAACACUAUUGACACUCUUCUCUCUCAACACAUUCAUAUCUAUCUAUCUAUCUAUCUAUCUAUCUAUCUAUCUAUCUAUCUAUCUAGUCAGUUCAUAUCUAUCCAUCUAUCUAUCUAUCUAGUCUGUUCAUAUCUAUCAGUCUAUCUAUCUAGUUUGUUCAUAUUAUCUAUGUAUCAAGUCUGUUCCGUUCUAUCUAGUUAUCUAGUCUGUUCAUAUCUAUCUAUCUAUCUAUCUAGGAUGCUUAUACCUGUCUAUCUAGCCUGUUCAUAUCUAUCUAUCUAUCUAUCUAUCUAUCUAUCUAUCUAUCUAUCUAGGAUGCUUAUACCUGAUGCUUAUACCUGUCUAUCUAGCCUGUUCAUAUCUAUCUAUCUAUCUAUCUAUCUAUCUAUCUAUCUAUCUAUCUAUUCUUCUGUUCAUAUCUAUCUCUCUGUCUAUCUACCGAGUGUUUUCAUAUCUUACUAUCUAUCUAGUGGCUUCAUAUUUAUCUAUGUAGUCAUAUCUAUCUAUCUAUCGAUCAUUUUGUUGGUAUCUAUUGGUCUAUCUAAUGUGUUCAUAUCUAUCUAUCUAUCUAUCUAUCUAUCUAUCUGUGUUUCUGUUCAUAUCUAUCUACUCUGUUCAUAUUUAACUUUCCAAUCACAUUCCAUCUCUCUCUCUCUAUUUCUCUGUCUCUCUCUCUCUCUCUCUCUCUCUCUCUCUAUCAAUCAAUCUAGUUUGUUCAAAUCUAUCUAUCUAUCUAUCUAUCUAUCUAUCUAUCUAUCUAUCUAUCUAUCUAUCUAUCUAUCUAUCUAUCUAUCUAUCUAUCUAUCUAUCUAUCUAUCUGUGCAUUUCUAUCUAUCUAUCCUGUUAAUAUAUAUCUAUGAAUCUAUCUAUCUAGUCUGUUCAUAUCUACCUAGUUUGUUGGUAUCUAUCUAUCUAUCUAUCUAUCUAUCUAUCUAA